AUGUCAUUCUUCAGCCAUCGCGACGAACCCCCUCCAUCCGUUCAACCCCUUGUGGUCGGCUCAGCGGCUACGCCCGCUCCCCGCUCAGCCGGCGCGAAGCUAUGGGGAAACCCGUAUGUCCGGCAGCAAAUCCUUCGCUUGCUGGACCAGGAUGAUCAGGCGCGGUGUAUGACCGUCGCGCGGAUGGGGAUGUUUGAUGUCUCGACGCUCAUCUAUCGAGAUGCACGGGCGAAGAAUCUUGGAACUUUCAAAGACUCGGCAAAUGACCGAUACAAGAUGUAUCUAUCGUCUGUUCGGAAUCUCUACAUCGACCACAGCCACACUCUGGUCCGCUGCAUGGAUGCUCUUGGCGAGAGGGAGGAUCCCGAGCCAGCCCAGGAGGAAGCCUCGCCUUUCACCGAGGCGGACGUCCGGACCAAACUCUUGGCUCCUAUACAGAAGAGCUGCCCCAACCUCCGGUCCCUACGGCUCAAUUUCGACACUGUGCCCGUCGCGCUCGAGGACCUCGUCUCCAUAUACGAGGCUCAAACCGCCGCGGGUCAUACGGAUCGGCUACAGACUAUCGAGGCGCCCAAGAUCAUUCCCUACGAUCUGGAGGCGUUCCGCAGCUUCAGCAAGAUUGCGUCCACAUCUUUGGUCCACCUCAUGCUCGGCCGGGAGUACCAGAUGGGUGUCCGCAUCUCUGCGAUGGACCUCCUUGGUUUGAGCGACAUCAUCAAGUCUUCGCUACCCAAUCUCACCACACUGUCCUUCGCUAUGCACGAUGUCGAGGCGGCGGAAGCUGUUUGCGGGGGGUGGCUGGAGGCGGACGCGCUCGAGCUGGAAGGCAGUAUCUUACAGCUAGAGAUCUUCACCCGGGCAAAGGCGACUCCGCUAUAUAGCACCCUCCGCUUCCUCGCGAGGUGUACACGUCGGGACGCGGGGAUCAAGGUGACUCCUAAGGAGGAGCAUGUCGGCUCUGGGGGAUGGUAUGACGAUGGCUCUGGGGAGUGGUAUGACGGGGAGGGGCAGACGAUGUGGGGCUUUAAAAUCCUAAAUGCUUAUCUUCGCUACCUUCGCAGACAGCCGGCUGAACGGCGUCGCUACCUUGCCACUGUCAACUUCCGCGACGAGCUCGACAUAACCGCCCCUGAGCAAGUCCUGACCCUCACAUACCGCGAGGAUGGCCGACCGACGCGCAGACUCGGUACUCAGGCGGCAGGCUGGGGGAGGCUCACGACUGAGCUCAAUGCUCAUACGCGGGAUAAUCUCGUCAACGAUCUGCAGGACGGUGUGGCGGAAUUUAUUGAUGCAGCGAGGACCUUUCAAGGGGUCGUUGGAGAUCGGAGCUCAGCGUCUGAUCUCUUGGCGGGCAUCAAGGAGUUGCUGGCUGCGACGGAAAGGGCGGAGAGAAUGACGCGGAGGAUGACGCUAGUCGAGACUGUGGUUACGAGGAUCAGGGCUGAGGCUGAGGAGAUGAAGAUGCUUUUGGGGGACGAUGACGAGCGCGUCCAUCAUCGCGCAGUGCACACCUCUUUUUGCUCUGCCAUCUGCUCCUCGAGCUUAUUGCCCGCUUCGACUCCCCGCCCACAGACAGGUCGUACCUCUUUCCAUAUGUCAUCAUACGGAGCGGAUGACACGCGUGAAGGGGUCAAAGCGCCCGCCGGGUCGCCUCUUUCCGCACCGCAGAUGAUCCGCUCGGCCGCGCGGGAGGCAUACCAGAACGGCUACGUGCGGUAUCGGAUCCUGCAAUACGUCGGGCAGGCUGGACUAGCACGAUGUGCGAGGGUGGAUAAGGCGGGGAUGUAUGACGCUAUCAGGGUGCUGUAUGAUGUUGUACCGGCGGCGCGAAAUGAGUCUUUAAAGGAGCUUCCGGAGGCAAGGCGCAAGCUAUACCUCGCUGCAGUUGCCGAAGUCCAUCACACCUCGGUCGGAGACUACAUUCGCGCCGCAGUCUUCCUUCGCGGGAAACCGCUCGUCACGGAGGAAGGAGCAGCAGCGGACGAAAUCCGGGAGAAACGCAUUCGGCCAUUCCUGCGGGACUGCCCAAACCUGCGCAGAGUGCGGAUCGUCCAACCCCAGGCCAAGGAUCAGGAGCCGGGAUGCAUACUCGUACACGUCAAAGGGGUCACCGAAGCCGAUCUCGACCAGAGGCAGCUCGAUCUAGACGUCGUGCUACCGCUGUCCUUCUAUGAUGAGGAAUUGCCGGAAGCGAUCACGUGCCCCAUCAUCCACAAGAGGUACAACAUCCUUCGGUUCCGGUUCAACUUGCGGAUCAAGUCGGACGAAGGCUGGUACAAUAACGCCAUUGCAGAACGGUGGAACGUGUUACUACGGGACAGUCCGUCCCUCGUCAAUCUUGACACACGGCUGGUCAUCGAGGGCGCUCCGGUGUCUCUCGAAAGCAUCACUUCCAUCUGCUCUCGACUGCGGUCGUCGGGCGAGCCGGAUCGCCUCUGCGCCAUCAUCGCAACGCAUUGCGCUCCCUGGGCUAUCGACGCGUUUACCGCUUUCGCCAGCAUCGCGCCGGCGACCCUACGCAAUCUCACCCUGGCGGGGCACGAGGGAUAUCAGGCGUCGGCGCUGUCGGCUAGUGAUCUACCUUCGCUCAUCGAUUCGAUUCGCGGCAAUCUGCCAAACCUACAUGUCUUGGUGAUAACAAUGCUGGACUAG